AUGCUGGCGAUCAUGCACGCACUCAGGCACGAGUGGGCCCGCCUUCUCGCCUCCUCGUCUCGCCCAGCCAGUGCCAGCAGCGGCGCUGACGUGGCGCUGACGUGGCGUGACGUGUACUCCAUGGCUGCCACGUGGCGGCAGGUAGCGGAACCAACGGAUAAAGUGAUGUGGUCCGAUCGAUACACGGAGAGUGGGUUCAACAAGGGGGUCAUCUCCAGCACCCCCAUCUCAUACGGCCAAUCGCUUAACUUCAAAUACGGCGCAUACGCCGACAGGGCGUUUGUGAUUCUGAAGCAGCUGCUGCUGGAGAGAGGAGUGGUGAAGGCGCAGGAUGGGCUUGUGGAGGUUCCACUCACCAAGGCCGUGCUCAGAAAGGCGCGCAAGGCCAGCACCCACACGCAGCUAGCCGCGGCAGUCAGCCAACCCUCCUUCUACACGCCGCUGCUCAUCCCCAGCUCCGCACAGCCCGGGUGCGCACUGACCUCCGUGCUUGCACCGCGUCCCAUCCAUCCGAUCCCACACCAGGCGCGCAAGGCCAGCACCCACACGCUCAUCCCCAGCUCCGCACAGCCCGGGUAUGCACUGACCUUCACCUCACCGCGUCCCAUCCAUCCCAUCCCACACCAGGCGCGCAAGGCCAGCACCCACACGCUGCUAGCCGCGGCAGUCGGCCAACCCUCCUUCUACACGCCGUUGCUCAUCCCCAGCUCCGCACAGCCCGGAUCCCUUUCCGCCUCCCCCAACCCCCAGCUCGCCACCACGCCUACCCCUCCACAAUCCUACCCCUCCACAAUCCUACCCCUCCACAAUCCUACCCCUCCACAAUCCUACCCCUCCACAAUCCUACCCCUCCACAAUCCUACCCCUCCACAAUCCUACCCCUCCACAAUCCUACCCCUCCACAAUCCUACCCCUCCUACCCCGCCCCCUCCUUCCUUUCCCUGUCCGUGCCUCCUUUCUUCCCCCUUGCCAGCUUGCCCGAGCCCGAGCUAG